CCUACGUCCGUAUUCUCGCCAGACGCGUCAGCGACACCGUAUUCUUGCGACUCUUCACCACACCUACCUCGAAGCCCAGCAGCAGAACCUGCUCGAUCUCGACGACCCUCAGCCAGCGCCUCCUCCCACCUCGCACUUCUUCCCAAUCAUGUCACGACUGAGCAUUCCUCUGGACGCCCUGACGUCCAGAUUCUCCGGGCGCUUCGAUGGCCUGCGGUCGCAGUCGCUCUCCUCGCGCUUCGCGAACCUGCGCCCCAUUUCCGAGUUCCUCGAUGUGAAGCGCCUCUCGAAGCCCGCCAAUUUCAGCGAAGUGCAGAGCAGGAUCAACUACAACUUGGGCUACUUCUCGAGCAACUAUGCGGCUGUCUUUGUCAUGCUCAGCAUCUACAGCCUGCUCACCAACAUGAUGCUGCUCUUCGUCAUCUGCCUCGUGGUUGGCGGCAUGUACGGUAUUGGCAAGCUCCAAGGCAACGACCUUGAGCUCGGCAGCUGGCGCGCCACCACCUCCCAGCUCUACACCACGCUGCUUGUCAUCGCUAUCCCACUCGGCUUCUGGGCUUCUCCCUUCGCCACCGUUCUUUGGCUCAUCGGAGCCUCGGGCGUCACUAUUCUGGGCCAUGCCGCAUUCAUGGACAAACCAAUCGAGUCAGCUUUUUCCGAGGAGGCGGUCUAGGUGGUCGGCCGCGAGCUCCUUACACUAUGCCCCCAUGGGGAAGACCGCCAGGGGGACGAGGGGCAGAUGUAGGGAGAUAUUUGCAGGAGGUGGAGGACGUGUAUAGAUUUCAAGAAGUGGACAGCGAUGACGAGAAGAAUGGCGUUAUGUCAGAUCCGGCUCAUCAAAGGGUUUCCAUCAGCAAGCAAUAUUUCAAUCCGGAUGAGCUU